AUGUCACACAACGUGCCCAAGCUCAAUGAUCCAUCUCUGCUGAAGCUCAAUGUCGCAUACGUCAACGGAGAAUGGGUGCAGGCAAAGUCGGGAAAGACGUUCGAAGUCCAUGAUCCUUCAUCGGGCAAACUGAUUGGUACUGCUCCUGAAUUCGAUUCCGCCGAUACUCAACUCGCCAUCGACGCAGCGGCUGCUGCUUUCCCCUCCUUUAGAAACAAAACCGGCCGCGAGCGCUCCAAGCUUCUGCGAAAAUGGUACGACUUGAUGGUCGAGAAUUCCGAAGAUAUAGCUAAGCUCAUUACUUGGGAGAAUGGCAAACCAUUGGCAGAUGCCAAAGGCGAAGCUGCGUACGCUGCAAGCUUCUUUGAAUGGUUCAGCGAGGAGGCACCGAGGAUAUACGGAGAUACAAUCCCAGCUUCAGUUGCUGGGAAUAGGGUGGUGACGAUUAAAGAGCCCGUGGGAGUUUGUGGCUUGAUCACACCAUGGAAUUUUCCAGCUGCUAUGGUUACUCGAAAAAUCGGACCAGCACUGGCAGCUGGCUGCACAGUCGUUGCAAAAUCACCCGGCGAGACACCAUUCACAUCUCUCGCUCUUGCUGAGCUGGCACAUCGGGCGGGAAUUCCUAAGGGAGUUGUUAACGUUGUCAGCGCUCUCAAGAACACUCCCGAAGUUGGCGAAAUCCUUACCUCGUCACCAUUCGUGAAGAAGGUCUCUUUCACCGGCUCCACAGGGGUAGGAAAGCUUCUGAUGAAGCAAUCUUCUUCCACACUAAAGAAGCUAUCCUUCGAACUUGGAGGAAAUGCACCAUUCAUCGUCUUUGAUGAUGCGGAUCUCGACGUGGCAGUAGCAGGCGCAAUUGCGAGCAAGUUCCGAUCUUCAGGUCAAACCUGCGUUUGUGCGAACCGAAUCUUUAUCCAAUCCGGAAUCUACGACGAGUUUGCCCAGAAGUUUGCUGCUAAGGUGAAGGACUUCAAGGUUGGAGGUGGUUAUAGUGAGGGCGUCACACAUGGCCCAUUGAUUCACGACAGAGCGAUCACCAAGGUCGAUGCUCAUGUUCGAGAUGCGGAGAAAAAAGGCGGAAAGGUCAUUCAAGGAGGUCAGAAGAUGCCAGAGCUGGGCUCGAAUUUCUUCCAGCCUACAGUUAUCACUGGUAUGACCACUGAAAUGGCCCUAGCCUCAGAAGAGACAUUCGGUCCUGUAGCUGGACUAUUCAAAUUCGAGACCGAAGAAGAAGUUACCAAGGUCGCCAACUCUGCAGAAGUCGGAUUGGCUGGAUACUUCUUCUCCAAGGAUUUACAACGAGUUUUCCGUGUCGCGGAGGCCUUGGAAGUGGGCAUGGUCGGAGUGAAUACUGGACUGAUCAGUGAUGCAGCAGCUCCUUUCGGUGGUGUUAAAGAGUCUGGAUUCGGCCGCGAGGGUAGUAAAUACGGUAUUGCCGAAUACCAAGUCACGAAGAUGAUUACAUAUGGCGGGAUGGGACAGCCGCUGCAGAAGUAA